AACCAACUCAAGGAGCAUGUUGGCAAAAGGUACAAUUCUCAAGAAUUGGGUAGUUGGGGACAAGUUGGGCAGUGGCGCAUGCAGCGACGUGUAUGCAGUCACCUCCAAGAGCAACAGUGCGGAAUCGUUUGCGAUGAAGUUGUCGCCGAUUCCACCACCAAGCAAGAGCAAGAAGAAGACACACGCCGCACGCAGCGCCGAUGCCUUGUACGCAGAGCACCUGCUUUAUGUCAACACACUGCAGGGAAUUCCAGGCAUCCCCGCGUUGCCGACCACGGGAGCCUAUGGCGAAGACAAGGGGUACCGCUUCUUGGUCAUUCAACGGCUGGGGCGUACGUUGGAACAAGUGAAAACUGCAAAUGGAGGCACUCUUCCCGAAUCCACCGUCGCUCGCUUGGGCCUUGAGAUCUUGAGCACACUUCGACAUUUGCACGCGCGCAAACUGUUGUUUGUCGAUGUCAAACCCGACAACUUUAUGCUGUCUCGGGAUGUGGAGGAUCAAGUGUAUUGUGUGGACUUUGGCAUUGCCGAGCGGUACAUUUUGGUCACGGGGGCCCACAAGCCGUACAAAACUGGCGCGGUGGUCGGCACCCCCACGUUUUCAAGCGUCCAUUGCCACGGCGGCGCCACUCCAUCGCGGCGCGACGAUCUCGAAGCGCUCCUGUACGUGUGCCUGUACCUCAUCCGCGGGGACCUGCCUUGGCAGUCCGCCUCUUCCGACGCCGAAGGGGCCCGCGUCAAGGCCGAAUGCGAUCCCGACCACCUCUGUGCGUCGCUAGCAGGGGAAUGGAAGCGACUGCUGAGUACGAUCCAACUGUGUGCAUUUGAUCAAGAGCCCAACUACGACGACUUUGAAACGUCCCUCAAGCGAAUUGCUGGACCGACGUCCCUUCGCGGCGUGUACCAGUGGGGAACAUCAUCCACCGAGUCGAAGCGAGCCAAAUUAAAGGCAGGAAGUACAAUCGCCCCCGCGUUGGCCCUAUCGACCACCAAGGCCUCAUCUCCCACGGAUGAUGGAGAGGAAAACAAGGCGACGUCUGCCAAGAAAGGCGGCGUGAAGCGGAAGGACCCGUCGUCGUCGACCAAGACGCCGCCACAGCCAGACGUGGUAGACGUCGACUUGGAGAAGAAGCGAAAGGACCCGUCGGAACGCCGCAAGAAAGCCGCUUCUCGUGCGGUAGGGGCGCUGGCUGCGGCUUCGGCGGCGGUGACGCGAGCGCGCCGCACCCGGUCGACCACCCAAGCUGAAUUGCAGUGAAUCAAAUGGCCAGUGGUACUGUAGCUACUGAUAGAAACUAUAUACUGCUGUGGUACUAAGUAGUAAUCGACUGUUGCAGCCGUA